AUCCUUUAUCAAAAUAUAAAUAACCAAAACUUAAUGUGCCUUGCCUUAAUCCCCUUCUUCUAUAUCCUUCCCUCAUCACAUUCUUGUAUAUGUUGCGUUACCUAAACAAAAUCAUACACCACAUUAUUCACUUGUUGCUCAUGGAGAUAGAACCCAUAUUACUAGCGGAGCCAUCCAUAGUUCAAAGCAAGAGAAGCAAGGUCGUUGAAGAUAACAGCAAGGUUGUCGUUUUGUCAAAAACAAGUGUCUUGUCAGAAACAUCUCAAGAUUUUUGCAACCACUCUGAGUCAUUUGAAAAGCUGGUACGGAUUGGCCUCCCCUGCAAUGACUCUGUUGAAGAAAAACUCUGUUGGCUUCGGUCCCAGAUGAUAGGCAACGAUGCUGAGUUCGAUUCUCCGUUUGGAAGAAGAAAACUUGUGUAUGCUGAUCACACUGCUUCAGGCCGCAGCUUACAUUACAAUGAAAACUUCAUCACCGAUCAUCUUCUUCCUUUCUAUGGUAACACUCACACUUGUGACAGUUACGUGGGAAGCAGGACAACAAAAAUGCUGCAUGAAGCAACCACAUACAUUAAAAGUUGCCUUGGCGGUGGAGAAGAAGAUACAAUCAUAUUCUGUGGUUCCGGCACAACCGCAGCCAUCAAGAGGCUCCAAGAAGUAAUGGGAAUCGCGGUGCCCUCGAUUUUGAGGGAAAAGGUGGUAAAGAGCCUUGGCAAAGAAGAAAGAUGGGUGGUGUUUGUGGGGCCCCAUGAGCAUCAUUCAAACCUCCUUUCAUGGCGGCAAAGCUUGGCUGAAGUGGUUGAGAUUGGUCUUGAUGAUGAAGGCUUGUUGGACAUGGAUGCCCUGAAGCUACAGCUUGAGGCCUACAAAAAUACCAACAGACCAUUAUUGGGAUCUUUUUCAGCUUGUAGCAAUGUCACCGGAAUACACUCCGACACGCGAGCCAUUGCUCGUCUUCUUCAUCAGUACAACUGCUUUGCAUGCUUUGAUUUUGCAGCAAGUGGUCCAUACGUGGAGAUUGACAUGAGAUCAGGGCAUAGUGAUGGGUAUGAUGCUGUGUUCCUGAGUCCGCAUAAGUUUCUUGGUGGUCCUGACUCCCCUGGUGUGCUCCUCAUGAACAAGGCCCUUUACCGUAUAGGAUCUUCACCUCCCUCCACUUGUGGAGGUGGAACUGUUACCUAUGUCAAUGCCUUCAAUGAAAAGGAUACAUUAUACUUGGAGAACAUAGAAGAAAGAGAGAGUGGAGGUACCCCUCCAAUAAUCCAGACAGUUAGAGCAGCCUUGGCAUUUUGGGUGAAAGAAUACAUUGGCUAUGAAGAGAUUGAGAAAAGAGAACAGUUGUACAUUAACAAGGCACUUAAGAGGCUUAUCCCCAAUCCCAACAUUGAGGUUCUAGGAAACACAAGUACCAAGAGACAAGCUAUAUUGUCAUUUCUCAUCUACACUAACACCAAUUCUUAUUCCCAAGAACAUGAUGAACUUAACUUGUGGGCAGAAACAGGAUGCAAAAGAGGCUUGCCACUUCAUGGCCCUUUUGUUGCAGCAUUGCUCAAUGAUCUCUUCGGCAUCCAAGCUCGUGGUGGUUGCGCUUGUGCUGGUCCUUACGGCCAUGAGUUGCUCCAUAUCAGCAAAUCUCAAUCACUUUCCAUUAGAUCAGCUGUUCAAAAGGGCUAUGUUGGAGUGAAACCUGGAUGGACCCGUGUUAGUUUCCCUUAUUACAUGAGUGAAGAGGAUUUUGAAUACAUUCUAAGUGCCAUCGAAUUUUUAGCUGUAUAUGGCCAAAGGUUCCUUCCUUUGUAUAGCUUCAACUUGAGAAAUGGCAGCUGGAGAAUGAAGACAGAGGAAUUUGAGGAAAAAACCAAGAAAAGCAAUGUCAAAUUCCCUACCAAAUUGUUGGGAAAAACUCCAGAAGAAAGAAAGAACCAAUCAUACUUCGACGUUGCUAAAUCCAUUGCCAGUGAUCUCCCAAAGUUCCCUUCCGAGGGGAUACUCAAUUUAAAUGUGGAUCCCAAUGUUCUAUGCUUUAGAAUUUGAUUAUUACGGUAUCAAUACCAAACACCAUUUGUUAAUCUACAUACAUAUAUUUUAUGACAAUUUCCACUCUUUUCAACACGACCUAUACACCCCCUCCCCUUCCUUUUCUCUCCCCAACACACAUACACCCCCCUGGUAACCUGGUACCUUUUCUCAUUUCUAGAUAUCUUUAAGGGGAACUAAAACCAAUUGGCCCUAAUAUUUAGAAAACAGGGGCUCUAAUGGUCUCACGAUGCUUCAGAAUCAAUGACAUAUACACGCUACAGUAAAUUGAACUAUGUACUGGAAGGAAGGACCCAACAUGAACAUUUGUUUACUUAAUCACAAGGCAACUUGUAUUCAUGAGUGUGGGUAACAAGACCCCAAGGACGAUUUUCAAAUAGUUAGUAGUUACCAAUUAUGGGUUUAGGUUUCUAAUAA